CGUCCGUCUCUCUCUCGUUGCGCUCGCGUCUCGACAGGCCCCCCCAGCCCUCGACAUGUCGUACAAUUACGUGGUCACGGCGCAGAAGCCCACCGCCGUGAACGGCUGCGUGACCGGACAUUUCACGUCAGCGGAAGACUUGAACCUGCUGAUUGCCAAGAACACGCGAUUGGAGAUCUAUGUGGUCACCGCGGAGGGGCUCCGGCCCGUUAAGGAGGUGGGCAUGUACGGGAAGAUCGCCGUCAUGGAGCUCUUCAGGCCCAAGGGGGAGAGCAAGGACCUGCUGUUCAUCCUGACAGCCAAGUACAACGCCUGCAUCCUGGAGUACAAGCAGAGCGGUGAGAGCAUCGACAUCAUCACACGAGCCCAUGGCAACGUCCAGGACCGAAUCGGCCGGCCCUCGGAGACCGGCAUCAUCGGGAUCAUUGACCCUGAGUGCCGGAUGAUUGGCCUGCGGCUCUACGACGGCCUUUUCAAGGUUAUUCCACUGGACCGGGACAACAAGGAGCUCAAGGCCUUUAACAUCCGCCUGGAGGAACUGCAUGUCAUCGAUGUCAAGUUCCUCUAUGGCUGCCAAGCACCUACCAUCUGUUUUGUCUACCAGGACCCUCAGGGGCGGCACGUGAAAACCUACGAGGUGUCCCUGCGGGAGAAGGAGUUCAAUAAGGGCCCUUGGAAACAGGAGAACGUAGAGGCGGAAGCUUCCAUGGUGAUUGCAGUCCCGGAGCCCUUUGGCGGGGCCAUCAUCAUCGGGCAGGAGUCCAUCACCUACCACAACGGGGACAAGUACCUGGCGAUCGCUCCUCCCAUCAUCAAGCAAAGCACGAUUGUGUGUCACAACCGCGUGGACCCCAAUGGCUCCCGUUACCUGCUGGGGGACAUGGAGGGCCGGCUCUUCAUGCUGCUGUUGGAGAAGGAGGAGCAGAUGGACGGCACGGUCACCCUCAAGGACCUCCGAGUGGAGCUCCUGGGAGAGACCUCGAUUGCUGAGUGCUUGACGUACCUGGACAACGGCGUUGUGUUUGUCGGGUCGCGCCUUGGUGACUCCCAGCUUGUGAAGCUCAAUGUGGACAGCAAUGAGCAAGGCUCCUAUGUGGUCGCCAUGGAAACCUUCACCAACCUGGGGCCCAUUGUGGACAUGUGCGUGGUGGACCUGGAGCGGCAGGGGCAGGGCCAGCUGGUCACUUGCUCGGGGGCUUUCAAGGAAGGCUCCUUGCGGAUCAUCCGGAAUGGGAUUGGAAUCCACGAGCACGCCAGCAUCGACUUACCCGGCAUCAAAGGCCUGUGGCCCCUGCGGUCUGAUCCUACCCGGGAGACUGAUGACACUUUGGUCCUCUCUUUUGUGGGCCAGACAAGGGUCCUCAUGCUGAACGGCGAGGAGGUGGAGGAGACGGAGCUGACGGGGUUUGUGGACGAGCAGCAGACCUUCUUCUGUGGCAAUGUGGCUCAUCAGCAGCUUAUCCAGAUCACGUCUGCCUCCGUGAGGCUGGUGUCCCAAGACCCCAAAGCUCUAGUCAGCGAGUGGAAGGAGCCGCAGGGCAAGAACAUCAGCGUGGCCUCCUGCAACAGCAGCCAGGUGGUGGUCGCCGUGGGCCGGGCGCUCUACUGCCUGCAGAUCCACCCGCAGGAGCUCCGGCAGAUCAGCCACACAGAGAUGGAACACGAAGUGGCCUGCUUGGACAUCACCCCCUUGGGGGACAGCAAUGGGCUGUCCCCUCUUUGUGCCAUUGGCCUCUGGACAGACAUCUCGGCCCGGAUCCUGAAGCUGCCCUCGUUUGAGCUGCUGCACAAAGAGAUGCUGGGAGGAGAGAUCAUUCCCCGCUCCAUCCUGAUGACCACCUUCGAGAGCAGCCACUACCUCCUCUGUGCCUUGGGAGACGGGGCGCUGUUCUACUUCGGGCUCAACAUCGAGACAGGCCUGCUGAGCGACCGCAAGAAGGUGACCCUGGGCACCCAGCCCACGGUGCUGAGGACUUUCCGGUCUCUUUCUACCACCAACGUCUUCGCCUGCUCGGACCGCCCCACUGUCAUCUACAGCAGCAACCACAAGUUGGUCUUCUCUAAUGUCAACCUCAAGGAAGUGAACUACAUGUGUCCCCUCAACUCCGAUGGCUAUCCUGACAGCCUGGCACUGGCCAACAACAGCACCCUCACCAUCGGCACCAUCGAUGAGAUCCAGAAGCUGCACAUCCGCACGGUGCCGCUCUACGAGUCUCCCCGGAAGAUCUGCUACCAGGAGGUGUCCCAGUGUUUUGGGGUCCUCUCCAGCCGCAUCGAAGUUCAGGACUCGAGUGGGGGCACAACUGCUCUGAGGCCGAGUGCCAGCACCCAGGCCCUGUCCAGCAGCGUCAGCUCCAGCAAGCUGUUCUCCAGCAGCACAGCCCCUCACGAGACCUCCUUCGGCGAAGAGGUGGAGGUGCACAACCUCCUCAUCAUCGACCAGCACACCUUCGAAGUGCUCCAUGCCCACCAGUUUCUGCAGAACGAGUACGCCCUCAGCCUGGUCUCCUGCAAGUUGGGCAAAGACCCCAACACCUACUUCAUUGUGGGCACCGCCAUGGUGUACCCAGAAGAGGCGGAGCCCAAGCAGGGUCGGAUUGUGGUGUUUCAGUAUUCAGACGGAAAACUGCAGACUGUGGCUGAGAAGGAAGUGAAAGGGGCCGUGUACUCCAUGGUGGAAUUUAACGGGAAGCUGCUGGCCAGCAUCAAUAGCACGGUGCGGCUGUACGAGUGGACGGCGGAGAAGGAGCUGCGCACCGAGUGCAACCACUACAACAACAUCAUGGCGCUCUACCUGAAGACCAAGGGCGAUUUCAUCCUGGUGGGCGACCUCAUGCGCUCCGUGCUGCUGCUCGCCUACAAGCCCAUGGAGGGCAACUUCGAGGAGAUCGCUCGGGACUUCAACCCCAACUGGAUGAGUGCCGUGGAAAUCCUGGAUGAUGACAACUUCCUGGGGGCGGAGAACGCCUUUAACCUGUUCGUGUGUCAGAAGGACAGGUGGGUGACAGCCGUGGGGCUGGGGGCUGGGCCGGCCUGUGGUGGGGAGGACACGGGGCCCCGCAGUUCAUUGAUUUUACGGGGGACCCAGGGCGCCCUUUGCUCUGCAGGGCUGGUGGCCUCCCUGUCCGAGAGCUGGUACAACCUCCUGCUGGACAUGCAGAACCGGCUCAGUAAAGUCAUCAAAAGCGUGGGCAAGAUUGAGCACUCUUUCUGGAGGUCCUUUCACACGGAGCGGAAGACGGAACCGGCCACCGGCUUCAUCGACGGGGACUUGAUUGAGAGUUUCCUGGACAUCAGCCGGCCCAAGAUGCAGGAGGUGGUGGCAAACCUUCAGUAUGACGACGGCAGCGGGAUGAAGCGCGAGGCCACGGCGGACGACCUGAUCAAGGUGGUGGAGGAGCUGACGCGGAUCCAUUAGCCAAGGGCAGGGCUCCCGCUCGCAGACCCUCUGGGAAGGCUUUGCCCUCCUGUCUCCCCUCCCCCGCCGCUGUCUUCUCGGCCACGGGAAGCCUUUCCUAAGCCGCUGUCCCAGAAGCCACAGUCACCUGUGAACGUGGGGGUUUCUUAGAACUACACCAGCUCCCGGACACCUGGGAGUGGCCGAAGGUGAAGACCUUCCUCCCUGGGUUUUUAACGUCACUCCUGCUUCCAGCCCCACUGCGGCCACCAGGCCUUGGUGGUAAGGCCGCCCUUCCAGGGAGGGUGCAGCUCCGUGGCCGAAGGGAAGCUGUGUGUGUCACGCUCAUGCGCUGUCCUCUGCUAUCUCUAUUUAGGUUGGGGUGUGGGGGGCCGUGGGACAGGGAGGAGGGCGGGAGGGUUCAUUGUCUUUGAAGUGAGGGCUUCCUUUUCCUUCCGUCUGCUGCCUCUGAGAGCUUUGGUCUGGAGACCUGACCACCAGGCCCAGGGCUGCCUGCGUGUAGAAUCGGAGAUGGUGGUUGGUCCCCAAACCACAGCCUUUCUGUGCGUGGGGAGCUGACUGCCUUCUUCAGCGAGGAGGUGGGUGGGCGUGAUUGGUGGUUAGUUUACCAAAUAAAGUAGAGUCUAAGAGGAAAGA